AUGAACAGAAUGCAUACUUUUGAAAAAUGUGAUAAUUUUAGUGAUACAUUGAUUAUUGAAAUAUUGAAUAUUUCAACUCUUUUAUUGAUUUUCAUAACAAAUUGGAUUUAUAUUUCGAUUUAUCGAUUAGUUAAACAAUUAAAUGAUCAAGCAACUGAAAUGUGUUUCAUUUAUCAAUUUUCACCCAUUUCUAUUCAUCAGUUGGUGAGUUUCUGAUGAAUUUUUUUGCCAUGAAUUUAACAAAUUUUAAAUUCUUUGCAGUUUUACACCAUAACCAUUUGCCUAUCUCAAUUACUUAUUCACCUUGAUUAUCAGAAUAUAAUUAUAUCGCAAAUAUUUGACAUGUCGAUGUUCGCUUUAUAUCAUCUCCUACCAUUUGUAAUUUCCAUGUCUUAUAUUGCUUCAAAGCAGAAUUUGCGACAUUUUUUCCGAUCCACAAUUUUGUCAGUUUUCGCUCACUCGGAGACGGCUUUCAAUGGUUAA